CCGUAUUGAGGUUAAAGGGACGUCAACAUCAACAUUUACCUCCUCAAACCAAUAACUCGAAAGCUGAGAGAAUUUGAGCCCAGGUCUAUGUUUGCUUAUAAUGAUCUGUUUUGUUGGAUCAUAUAAUAUCAGCAAACAUGUACGAAGCAUACGAGUGCUCGCAGUUACUAAAAUUAAGUGUACAAAUCGAAUGUAUUGCUGCUUACGAUGACAAUCUUCUGGUGGGCACAAAAGUUGGGCAUUUGCUCAUGUAUAGCAUAUCCAGUCGUUAUUCUGAUAAUAAAAAUGAAGUGCAUCUGCUUCGAUACAACAGAACAUUUAGCAAGAAACCUAUUCAACAACUGGCGGUUGUUCAAGAACAUCAACUUCUUAUCAGUUUGUCAGAUAAUAUUAUAUGUGUCCAUGACAUAGCAGCUAUCAAUUUCCCUACAAUAUGUACUGUUCCUGAGACCAAAGGUGCCACACUGUUUUCGGUGGAUAUUAAAAGAACCGUUACACAGUCUGGAAAAACGUCAGUUAUUGUUCGCAUGUGUGUGGUAGUAAAAAGAAAGUUACUUCUUUUCUACUGGAAGAAUGGAUCAUUUCAUCCUUUAAUGGAAGAACUUUCAAUGCCUGAUACUCCUAAAGCCUUGGCAUGGAUCAAAGAAACAAUAUGUGUUGGUUUCAAAGGCGACAGUGUAUAUAUGUUAUACCAUCUCAACCGAGAUUCGAAAAAAGAUAACAGUCAGACGCCGCUCUGCCCUCCUGGAAAUCGCCCUCCCAGUGUUCUUGAAAUGAAUGACGAAAUUUUUAUCUUAGGGAAAGAUAAUUCUUCCAUAUUUGUUGGUACUGACGGAGAAGCUGCCAGUUUGAAGCAAAUGAAGUGGGAAAGUGUUCCAAAAGAUUUAGUCUACGAUGAGCCUUACAUUGUGGCACUUUUUCCGGACUCUCUUGAAAUAAGAACAGUGGAGCCAUCACUUAUUGUACAAAUGCAAAAAGUGAAGGAUCCAAGGAUUAUCAUAAGAUGCAGAUCUGGAUUAUUGUAUGUUGCUUCUGAUGAGCAUGUCUGGUGUCUUCAAAAUGUUACAUGGAGCAGACAAAUCCAUUUUCUGCUUGAACAGAAACAGUUUCAACUGGCUCUAAAGAUUGCAAACAUAUCUGAUGAACCAUCAGAGGACAAAGCUAGAAAUGUCCAUCAGAUUCAGACAUUGUAUGCCUAUGAUUUAUUUAAUAAAAAGCAGUUCAAAGAAUCUAUGGAGCAAUUUCUCAAGCUUGAAACUGAUCCCACUGAAGUUAUCAAACUUUUUCCUAAUUUACUGCCUCAACAAGCCCGUACAAGGCCUGCAGUAGAUGCUGUUGUCCAAUUAGCUGAUAUGGACUUGGAAAGUGGACUACUUGCUUUAAUAGAAUAUCUAACUAAAGUAAGACUCAGCAAGAAAGCUGAAAAGGAGAGAAAAGAUAAAGAACAGGCAGAAAGGGACACUAAAAGAAAGUUGGGGAAAUUGACUCUAGUAGUAGAAAAAGAAAUAGACACAGAGAGUGCAAACCAUGAUAAGUUCAGCAAAGCAACAGAACAACUUUUCCAGAUAAUUGAUACAACUUUGCUCAAAUGUUACCUCCAGACAAAUGAUGCAUUUGUUGCACCACUUAUACGGCUGAACCAUUGUCAUUUGGGGGAAGCUGAAAAAAUGCUCAAGAAACAUGAAAAGAAUAGUGAAUUAAUAAUUCUGUACCAGACCAAAGGACUUCAUAAAAAAGCUUUAGAGCUGCUACAAAAGCAAUCCACUCAACAGGAUCCUUCAUUACAAGGGCACUAUCGAACAGUUUUGUACCUUCAAAAUCUAGGAAGGGAUUAUAUAGAACUUAUCUUUCAAUUUGCUGGUUGGGUUCUAGAACAGCACCCUACAGAUGGACUGAGUAUUUUUAUAGAAGAUAUGCCAGAGGUAGAAGGCUUACCUCGGCCAAAAGUUCUUGAUUUUCUCUUGCGCCUACAUAAAAGUCUAGUCAUACCUUAUCUUGAGCAUGUGAUUCAUGUAUGGAAGGAUGAAUCUACUAUUUUACAUGAUGCCUUGGUGCAUCAAUACAGAGAACAGGCUGCAACUCUCCUUGCUGGUGGUAAAUUGGCAGAAGGAAAAGUUGUACGAGCCAAACUUUUAUCUUUCUUGGAAAGCUCAAAUAAUUAUUCUCCUGAAAAUGCUUUGGUUCAAUUUCCAUAUGACAGCAUGUUUGAAGAGAGAGCUGUCAUCCUUGGGAAGCUUGGGAAACAUGAGCAAGUAUUGUCAAUAUAUGUAAUGAUGCUUGGCAAUGUCAGUCAGGCUAUCAAGUACUGCCAUGAUGUGUACCGUAGUGAGAGGGAGGGUGCAGAUGAAGUUUAUGUUUUGCUUAUUAAAAUGUUGAUAAGUCCACCGGAUAGUUGGUUAAGAGGAGUUCCUGUAUCUCCUGCCACUUCAAAGCCAGAUCUGGAAACAGCUCUCAGUUUAUUAGAGGAGCAUGCAUCAAAGAUCCAUCCUAUUCAGGCAUUAGAAGUGUUACCAGAUACAGUACCAAUAUGUCGCAUUCGCCAUUUUCUUGAAUCAAGCCUUCAAAAGCAACUAAAUGAAAGACGGCGUAUCCUUGUUCUCAAGAGUUUGACGGUUGCUGAAAACCUACAAGUCCAAGAACAAAGAAUGCAUUAUGAAUCUCAAAGCAUAAAGAUGACUGAGUUAAAUGUCUGUUCUGUGUGCAAGAAACGAUUUGGAAAUCAGAGUGCAUUUGCUCUUUAUCCAGACGGAGAUGUUGUCCACUUUUCUUGUCAAGAUCGUAAAGCACAGCAGUGAUUUGCAUUUUGGAAUAGUGUAAUGGCCUAUCAAACUAUCCCUGCAUUCAAGCACUAAGCACUGAAGUGAGGGAAACAUUGCAGUUAAGCAAAUUCCUGCUGUUGCUUCUGACUCUACUACAUUUGUUAAUAAAAACUGACCUGUAUUAUUCCAUUAAAAUCACCUUCACUUCAACAACUGUGACACAAAUCUCAAAUAGUAAACUUUGUGUAAAGUAUGUGCUUUUCAUUUGACAUUAUCAUUUGAUGUUAUUUCUGUUGUUGUUUUCUGGUUUAUACAAAAUGUUUUUUAUCUACUAUUCUCUAUGCUUUAUAUACGACAAUUUAUAGACUGUCAGUCAGGAGUCUUUUCAGUUGUGGUGAUUUUGUCUGUGAUAUAUUUUUAAAGUUGACAUGUUAUGUUAUUGCAAUCUUGAUACAUAGUAUAAGAGUUGAACUAAAUUUUCUUAAUUUGAUUUUACAACUUUGAAGAUUUCUAUGUUUGAUACCUUUCAUCCCUAGAAUAAAUUUGUUGAAUACUUACUUGGGUACUGGCCCUCUCAUUGCUGUUCUCUCUCAGUUAUCAGUUGCAAGUGCUUUAUGCCUGAGAGUGUGUUAGCAAUGUCUGUACCCAUCAAAUUCGCCAAUGACUGAUUGUGAAAUACAACUGUGUUGUGUGCAUGCAUUUUGCUAUUUUUGCUAGCUUUGCUGUUUUUUUGGAUUGAGUAAGUUCAACUUCUCUAUCCAGACACCACCUUGAUUUAAUCUGGUACAUUAUUGUAUUGUGUUGAUCAUCUAUUUUUGAUAUUCGUUAACUGGGUAAUUUACAAGCCCUUGCGUAUUAUACCUUGUGUCAUAUUGUUCACUAUAUUCUCUUGCUUUGUGUGAAAUACACAGACAAAGUGUC